AUGGCCAACACCUCCAGCCUUCCCACUCUCCCCAUGGCUAUGGACCACGAGCCAUCCGAUUAUAGCUACAUGUCGGACUCUUCCAGUAUUUCUGAUUUGAGCUCGCCUCCCGACUCUCCGCAGCCGCCACCAGAGUGCUAUCCCACACCACCGCCAACGCAGGACGACCAGGAGGAACGCGCCCGAGCUACGUCGAGCCAAGACGAGCCCGCCAAGAAAAAAAGGCGCGUGGGCCCACCGCCGCGGUCGACGCAACAUCUGGACUUGACCAAUCCGGAAAGGCUUCCCUAUGCCGACCAGUUGCCUCAGAUCAAGCUGCUUACCAAAACCCUACGAGAGCACCGCAAGAUUGUUGUUAUUGCUGGUGCUGGUAUUUCAACGUCUGCUGGCAUCCCCGACUUCCGCUCCGCAGAUGGUCUCUUCAAGUCCGUUCAGAAGAAACACAACCUAAAAGCAUCCGGCAAGCUGCUAUUCGAUGCCGCUGUCUACCGUGAUGAUUCACUCACUGCCUCCUUCCAUGAGAUGGUGCGAACCCUCUCACAGGAAGCUGCCGACACAAAACCCACAGCCUUUCACCACAUGCUAGCCAGAAUGGCUCAGGACAACCGCUUGGCGCGUCUUUAUACUCAAAAUAUCGACUGUAUUGAGACUUCAUUACAACCCUUGAUCACCCAGGUUCCUCUGCCUCCGAAGGCUCCCUGGCCGACUUGCAUCCAGCUUCAUGGAAGCCUCGAUAAGAUGGUCUGCCAGAAAUGUCGCCAUCUCGCCCAAUUCGAUAGAGACUUGUUUGACGGUCCUGAAGCUCCUGCUUGYCCCGCCUGUACCGAAACAGAUGAAUUGCGCACGACCACAGGCCAGCGCAGUCACGGUGUAGGCAAGAUGCGUCCGCGCAUUGUACUGUACAAUGAACACAACCCCGACGAAGAAGCGAUCGCUGCUGUGAUGAACUCGGAUAUUCGAUCUCGCCCAGAUACCGUGAUUGUUGUCGGAACCAGUUUGAAGAUACCCGGCGUGCGACGUCUUGUCAAGAGCUUGUGCAAGGUUGUCCGUGCCAAGCCCAAAGGCAUCGCUAUGUGGAUCAACAACGAGCCCCCGGUCGGAAAGGAGUUUGAAGACUGUUGGGAUUUGGUUGUAAAAGGAAAUUGCGAGGAAGUCGCACGAUUGGCCGGACUAAAGCAAUGGAAUGAUAACACUCCUCAGAUCUUUGACGAGUGCAAUGACUUGGACGUCGAACGGGUCAAGAGGGAGCAAUCUGUCUCUGUUGUCGUUAAUACACCGAAAAAGGUCCGAAAAACGGAUGCUGGCGUGCUUACACCGGUUUCGAACAAUGACGAAAGUGGUGACGAGCUUCCACACAAGAAUUCGAAACAACCCCUCGCCAAUCCUGCAAGCAGAGGAAGGACUGUUAUGGAAGCUUUAAUUGCCAGCAAGUCUAAUAACAAGAAGAAACCGGCACCCAAACAACAGGUACCCAAGAAACUUGUAGCAAGUGCGCCCAAGAAGAAGGGCCCUACCAAAGAGCAAUCAGCGAAGAUUACCAAUUAUUCUAUGGUCACUAAAGGCAACAAGGGCAGCAAGGUCGGAAAGGGUGGAAAGGCCAUGAAGCCGUUGCCCGCGAACUCCAUACUUUUUCCGGGUCUAGUCGAUCCGAAAGGUCAAGAGACCAUAUCUCCUGAGAGUAUACCGAAAGAUAUGGAGGCUCUCAUCAGUUGA